GAGGUGGGGGAGGUGGGGAGGCGGACGCCGCGGUUUACUCCGGCCUGCAGCCGCGGAAACCCGGGCUCGGAGACCCUGCUGCCAGCCUCCCGCUGUCUGUGAACAGAGGACCGUCCUCUUACUCUCGGUUCCCGCGCCAGUUCCGAAUCCUGACGGGGCGGGGGCCAGCGGCCCCUCCCCUGUUCUCCAAGGACCGAAGAUGAGCUUCCUCUUCAGUAGCCGCUCUUCUAAAACAUUCAAGCCAAAGAAGAAUAUCCCUGAAGGUUCUCACCAAUAUGAACUCUUAAAACAUGCAGAAGCAACUCUAGGAAGUGGGAAUCUGAGACAGGCUGUUAUGUUGCCAGAGGGAGAAGACCUCAAUGAAUGGAUUGCAGUUAAUACUGUGGAUUUCUUCAAUCAGAUUAACAUGUUAUAUGGAACUAUUACAGAAUUCUGCACGGAAGCAAGCUGUCCAGUCAUGUCAGCAGGUCCCAGAUAUGAAUAUCAUUGGGCAGAUGGUACUAAUAUUAAAAAGCCAAUCAAAUGUUCUGCACCAAAAUACAUUGACUAUUUGAUGACUUGGGUUCAGGAUCAGCUUGAUGAUGAAACUCUUUUUCCUUCUAAGAUCGGUGUCCCAUUUCCCAAAAACUUUAUGUCUGUGGCAAAGACCAUCUUAAAGCGUCUGUUCAGGGUUUAUGCCCAUAUUUAUCAUCAGCACUUUGAUUCUGUGAUGCAGCUGCAAGAGGAGGCCCACCUCAACACCUCCUUUAAGCACUUUAUUUUCUUUGUUCAGGAGUUUAAUCUGAUUGAUAGGCGGGAGUUGGCACCUCUUCAGGAAUUAAUUGAGAAGCUUGGCUCGAAAGACAGAUAAAUGUUUCUUCAAAACAAAGUUACUCUUGCUUCAUCUACUGCUAGAGCUAUUUCAUUGUUACCUGUUAUAGACUAGUGAUACAGACUUUAAGAAAACAAGAUAAAAAGAUACCUAUUUUUUGUGUCUACAAAUAAAAUUGUCCCAAAGGUAGGUGGGCCUGAUAGUUUCAGAGUGAGAUCU